ACUCCAUUACCCACAAACUCCCGCCAGAGUCCUGCUUGGAGGAAAUCCGCUUUAGUGUAGAUUAUUGUAAUCCGACAGAAAGGACGACACAUCGGAUCAGGACGCAGCGGCCGAGCUCAGCGGUGUGGAAAAACGAACACGACUAAAUGGAUCAGGGCGGGAAAGAAACUUGACUAAAUGGAUCAGGGCGGAAAAGCUGGUCAAUGCGCCCCGCUGAGCCAGCAAGCCUACUCUGCCAGGAGAAAGUAAUAGAUUACAUUUGGCCGUGGCCCCUGGCCCCUCACCGCACACCUGACCGCCUCUUUUGCUCCACUUUGCUCGGUUCGGUUCGCAAAGUGGUCCGAGACCGCACAGCUAGCUACUAGCUAGCAGCGACUAGCUAGCGCGGAUAGCUAGUUAGCUAGCCUGGAGUUAUUUAGCGUGUUGGUGUCCAAACAUCAGCCAACAUGUCGACGAAAGACCACAACAAAGUGUCCACCACUGAACGGCCCGUAAAAGCGGUGCCCUAUCCGCCGGGGACGCGUCUGACCGUCGACGACUUGUACGUGGACGGCAGGCCGAGCGUGGAGGUCCUCAAGGCUCACCUGGUGAAGGAGGGUCGUCUGGCGGAGGAGGCGGCGCUGCGUGUCAUCGACGAGGGCGCCGCCAUCCUUCGCCAGGAGAAGUGCAUGCUGGAGGUGGAGGCACCUGUCACAGUGUGCGGCGACGUGCACGGUCAGUUCUUCGACCUGAUGAAACUGUUCGAAGUGGGCGGAUCUCCCAGCAGCACCCGCUACCUGUUCCUGGGAGACUACGUGGACCGAGGCUACUUCAGUAUCGAGUGCGUCCUCUUCCUUUGGGCUUUGAAGAUCAACCACCCCGACACGCUCUUCCUGCUGCGGGGAAACCACGAGUGUCGCCACCUGACCGAGUACUUCACCUUCAAGCAAGAGUGUAAAAUCAAGUACUCCGAGCGCGUGUACGACGCGUGCAUGGAGGCGUUUGACUGCCUCCCGCUGGCGGCGCUUCUCAACCAUCAGUUCCUGUGCCUGCACGGCGGUCUGAGUCCCGAGGUCACAUGUCUGGACGACAUCCGCAAGUUGGAGCGCUUUAAGGAGCCGCCGGCCUUCGGGCCCAUGUGUGACCUGCUGUGGUCGGACCCGGCCGAGGACUACGGCGCAGAGAAGAACCAGGACCACUUCAGUCACAACAGCGUCAGGGGAUGCUCCUACUUCUACAGCUACGCAGCUGUGUGCGACUUCCUAAUGAACAACAACCUGCUGUCAAUCAUACGAGCACACGAGGCCCAGGAUGCAGGGUACCGCAUGUACAGGAAGAGUGAGACAACAGGUUUCCCGUCCCUCAUCACCAUCUUCUCAGCACCAAACUACUUGGAUGUAUACAACAACAAAGCGGCCGUGUUGAAGUACGAGAACAACGUGAUGAACAUUCGCCAGUUCAACUGCUCGCCGCAUCCCUAUUGGCUGCCCAACUUCAUGGACGUGUUCACGUGGUCGCUGCCCUUCGUGGGCGAGAAAGUGACGGAGAUGCUGGUCAAUGUGCUGAACAUCUGCUCCGACGACGAGCUCAUGUCCGAGGGCGACGACACGUGUGAAGGUAACCUCGCCACUCCUUCACCCGCCCGCCCCUGUAAGCUCACGCCCACUUCCCCCCCCCCCGCAGAGGGCACGCCCGCCGUCAGAAAGGAAGUGAUCAGAAAUAAGAUCCGCGCCAUCGGGAAGAUGGCCAGAGUCUUCUCCGUGCUCAGGGAGGAGAACGAGAGUGUGCUGCAGCUCAAGGGGUUAACGCCCACGGGCACUUUGCCACUUGGCGUGCUGUCAGGAGGACGCCGCACGCUGCAGAGCGCCACCGAGGAGGCGGAGGAAGCGCGAGCCGGGGAUGACUUCAAGCCGCCGCUCAGAAUCCAAAGUUUCGAGGAGGCACGAGGACUGGACCGGAUUAACGAGAGGAUGCCGCCCCGCCGUGACGCCCAGCUGCAGCAGCAGCAGCCUCAGCCUCCCCUGGACGGCGACAAGAACGGCACCUAGCGCCCCUCCCCCACCCUCAGAGGAGCGGCCAGCCAGCGAGUCGCAUGUCUCAUCACAAACUUUUCUUUUUAGCUUGGCUGAUGGUGUGGGGGCGAGCUCAGGAGGAUUCAUCAAUAAAGAGCAAACACAC